AUGACUGCGUCGUCAACGAGCCAGUACUCCUCGUUACUUUCAUCGACAUUGUCAUCCGCUCCCACCUCGACGCCGACAAGCAAUGGAAACACAUUGGAUAGCGGUUCUCUACUCUUGGGCUUUCUUAUCAGUGUUUUGUCACUCUUCGGCUUAUUCAUGAUUAGUGGACUCGUAUGGCAUCGUCUGGUCAUACGGCGCCGGACGAUCGAUGAGAUGUUGCGGGUUGAUAUCCCCUCGCAGAAGAGGCAUAUGCGGAAGCCUCCACUGUGGGAUGUAUGGGCUUCGCUGAGUCGGGACCAUUUGCAAUGGAGUGACACCCAGCCGCUGGCAACGGAAAAGUACGACAUGCCAUUGCCGCCGCCGCUGGACAGCCAAAUACCGAGACCUUCUUUCUGGAAACGUCAGGUUAUCGGCCGCAUACCACCUGAGAUAACCUAUCUCUUUUCUCCUCCCACCCUAGCUGAAGUGGCUGAUCCCCCACUUUUGAAUCAUUCAAGGGUGGAGCUCCCGGUGGAUCAAUCUCUCCUCCAGGUUUCGUUCUUGAUAGCCAUGCCGCGACAACCAGAUUCGUUGUCACCUUCGUCGAAAGGUAUGGGAUUGAAGAAGCACAGACCAUUGUAUGAGAUCGUUAUUGGGACAUCAAACGUGUACUAUCAUGACUUGGACUCGCAGUAG